ACCGCGGACUGAAUCCGCUCCGUUGGUUCCGCUCCGGGAGUUCUACGCAACCGCUGCCGCGGAGGGUUAAGCUAGGCUAGUUCAAAACUCCUCCCGCUAACUCUCAGCUUCCAGAGAUUCCAGCGCUUCCAUCAAUGCUGCCAUUCAUUCCCGCGCAGGGCUUUACCUACCAGCACAAGCCGGUUUUAUAAAGGACUUUUUAUUCAGCGAUAUUCUCUGAAGAAACGGCGAACAGCAGCAAGGCCCCCAGUGUAAGCUAACGGUUAACCCCAAAGCUAAAAUGGCGGACAGAGAGGGUGAUAGCGGAGCUAUCGGAACAAUAACAGUGGCGGAGCCGCCAGGGACAGAGGCUUCCCUGAGCAGCCAGUCUGCGGAGCCUACAGCAGGCCAGCCUGUCGCCCAGGUGCUACAGCCCCAGGAGAAGGUAUCGACGUUUCUGGUGGCUGAGUGCGAGCAGCCCGCAGAGAGCUCAGAGCCCGGGUCCUGCGCGGAUGGCAGCCAGCAGUCCCUGAGUGGAGCAGAAGGCUGUCAGGUGGAGCAGCGGGUGGUGGUGGGCGCAGAGUUCACAGACCUGGCUAACACCACCAUCAUCUACGUGCAGCCAGACGGCAGCCUGGUGGAGAGCUCCGGGCUAACGGUGGAGGAGCAGCAGGCGGUGCUCAGUCAGCUCAGCAAGCAGCAGAUCGUUCAGGUUUCUGACACCGAGGCCGUCCAGCUGCUCCAGCACAGCCAGCUGGUCAAAGCCGCCCCGGUCCACAAGACCUCUCUGGAUCCGAGUCAGCUGCAGCAGGUCAUAAACCAGGUCACCAAGUCUCAGAACCAGGACAACCUGCAGCAAGUCAAGAUCCAACAGGUUCCGACCCAGCAGAAGCAGGUCCAGGUUCCGACCCAGCAGAAGCAGGUCCAGGUUCCGACCCAGCAGAAGCCGGUCCAGGUUCCGACCCAGCAGAAGCCGGUCCAGGUUCCGACCCAGCAGAAGCAAGUCCAGGUUCCUCCACAGACCCUGAAGGUGUCUCCUCAGAAGAACGCCUCCACUCAGCUGAAAAGUGUGGCGCAGCAGGUGGCCCUGCAGUCCAGCACUGUGGUCCAGUCGGAACCUACAAGGAUUCAGAUCCAAGUUCCUCUUAAGCAGGAGGUGAAAACACUGCAGCAGAAGACGGUGACCAUCAGUCACCCUCAGGUGAAGCUGUCAGCCGGUCUGAGCAACGCGCAGAUCAUCCACAUCCAGCCCAUGGUGGGUCAGCAGGGUCAGCAGAUCCUGCUGCAGCAGAACCCAGGGGAGCCCGCCAUACAGCUGCUGCUGCAGAACGCCACCCCUGUGGUCGGGUCUCUGCUGCCCCUGGUCCACAAGGUGACAGGCCCGGCUGCCGUAGCAACCAGCUCCUCCAGUCCGGGUCAAAAGCUUUCCACCAUCAGGGUGACCACGGCGUCCACUCUCAAAGAUCUGCCGGCCUCCAGCUGUAAGGCGCCUCCUUCUGCUCCUGCUAAAACUGUUAGCGUUUCUCUGGUUAAGGCGCCACACAACGGCACGGAACCAGCUGCUGGGAAGGAUCCGGUUAAAGCGGCUCCGGCGGCUCCUCAGCCCACCACCCUGACUGUGGCCCCCAAAGCGGCCCCGGUAACCCUAGCCUCUGGUGUCAAGGAGAGAGACAGAGAGAAAGAGAAGAAGAAGGCCAAGAAAAAGAGAAGAAGGCGUUGAAGGUCCAAACCCGGUCCGGUCGGGUUUCCAGGCCG